UCGCCAAUCUUGUACAUUCGAUCAGAGAUCAACAGAGCAACAAGUCAGUACAGCACUUGGACCGCGAUUAGUCUUUAGUAUUGCUUCUCUUAAGUUGCGUGCUAUGUAUCGCGGGUGCAUUUCGAGAUUGAUCGCGCAUAAAACUGUUAUUUAGUUCGCUGUUAAAGAACGUAUAUAUAUAAUCUCAUUUCCGGAAUUUGAAAAUGGCUUUCGACCUCACCGUUCAACCUGUGUCCGCAUCUAUUUGCAUUACGCUGUUCUUAUUGCAAUAUGUCCAGCACGUAAUAGGCAAGCAGCUCGCCCACGUUUCGCACCAUAACACAGCAGCUAUUCAACACUGCUCAGCCAUUGAUGUUAAGGAGAAAAUCGUAGAGCUACAAUGCAAUGCCAAGUGUGCGGUCGACAGUGUGAAAACGACCACGGAAGAUCCACAAGUCUGUUUUCAACAGUGCCAAGCGUUCAUUUAUCGCGAACCGCGUCGUGGCUUCUGUCCCAGCAAACGAAAUUUUACGCUACCCGAAUUCUCGCCAUUGCAACAGCUUACCUGCCUCGACAACUGUAUAUACGACUCCGAUUGUCCGCUGGUGCAAAAGUGUUGCGACAUUGGCUGUGGACCUGUCUGUGUCGAUGCCUUUGGUGUACGGGAGGAUGCCUUGUUGCCACCAAUACCGAAAAUCGUAAAUUCAAAAUUGGGGCGUGGAAACAAGGUGGAAAUCACCAUUGAGUCGUCGGCCAAUUCUACUUACUAUUGUCAUGUGGAAGUGCGGUACCACUUUGGUGUUUCAUACGCUGAGCGGAAGCUUAGCCCUUGGCAAUGUCAACUGGUGGAGAAAAUUGCUGAGAUUUCUGAUGCACGCAGCAAAAGAAUAGAUAUCUCUUUUAAUCUUAAACCCGGUUACUGGUAUCAAGCGCGUGUAGCAGCAAUUAAUGCAUAUGGUUUUCGUGGUUAUUCUGAGCCCUCCAAAGUGUUUCGCUUAACACACAAUCCCAAGCCACCGAAAUCUCCAGCUGAUGUGCAAGUGGUCGCCACAGUUUUUAACGGUCGUCACUACAAGGUGAAAAUUGCUUGGUGUCCAUCGAAGUCGAAUUUGCCAAUUGAAAAGUAUAAAGUGAUAUGGUCGCUUUAUGUCAGGAAUAACGACGAAUCGGUUAUAACGAAUGAAACAUAUGUCAAGGAUACACACUAUUUUGAGAUAACGGAACUUUUACCAGAGUCCAGCUACUACAUACAAGUCCAGUCGAUAUCCAUCAAUGGCAGUCGCCGUUUAAAAUCAGACAAGUGCUCAUUGCUCUAUAACACCACCCAACCGGCGGAGCCAAACAAGCCACUCAAAUGUUCGCGUCAAAAUCACGGGCAUGACCAACAACAACAACACAUUGACACUAGCUCGCGAACGAUUGAAGGAGCGCACAUGCCAACAGCAUUAGCAAAAACAGCGCCUAAAGGAUAUGAAGUGCAUUAUCGGUAUAGUCGGAAGUUUGGUAUGAUUGUACAAAUAACGGGAUUUUUACCACAUAAAGAGAAAGUAUUCGAACUGUGUCCGAAAGAGAGCAACUGCGAGCAACGCGAAUAUAGCGCUAUACGGGUCAAGCAAGACGCAAUCGAAUUCAAUCAGUUCAAAUUUGAUACCACUUAUGUACUCAAAGCUUUCAAAGCCAACUCUUUGAGCGCUGAGUCAGCGCGUGCUGGAAAUGGUUCUUUCGUAUUUACCACGCCAAAAUGUGAAACCUUCAAAAAUCGCUUUCCUAAAGUGUCGUUAAGGUGUUGAACUAAGCUGUUCAAUUAUAUACAACUAUUUUUAAUAAAUUAAUAAUCGUUUUUUUUUUACAGGACAAUUUUAUAAUAAAAACGUAUUAUUUUAUCAAAA